AUGGCUGUAUUCAUGUUCCGCAAUGCUGUUCGCCCCCUUUCGCGGGCCCUGGCCAGAGAUUCUCCAACUCGCCAUUUCCACCAUAUCGCCACUGAAUUCAUCGCCCUUGAUGCAACAGGCAGACCGGUCUCCGAGAAGGUUCCCGUGGUUAUAGGGAACCCUGGCCAAGCCUAUGUGCUCAUUUCCCCAUCCGUCGGAGAAGCUUUUCGUGAUGCUAGCUCAACAGCAUCAACGAGAGACCGGUGUAAACUGACAUUUUUCCAUGACACAAAACACUUUGGCCUUACGCCAUCGAGUUAUCCUCGUCUCCAUGUCCCGGCCCAAUUUCCCCGUCAGUCUGAUUCUAAUACAAGCCCUGCAACCAUUCUCCUAAGUGGAAAGAUGUAUGAGAUUGUCCUAGAUGGGACUGAGGAUGCCGAAUUUGCCGAACACUCCAGCGCUUCUGGGGAGUAUCUAAAGCCCGUGCUUGAUCAACUGGAGACUAUGUAA